GGGCCUGGGGAAGCCGAGCAAUUUCCAUAUUUUGUCUCCAAUCCAGUUCGACCGUCGACGGCACUGAAGGAGAAAACCUCUGAUCGCCUCUGUGAUUUUGGCCGUUCACUUUCCUUAGGCGAAGUCAAUAGUACGAAGCACAAUUCUCCGACUAUCUAAAAGUUAUUGCUGAAGCCAUGUCGAAUCGCUAUAGUAACCAAAACAGGAACGAAAAAACUCAGAAGAAGUUUGUUCCAAAGAAGGAAAUGCAAACUUCUCAAACCCUAGCGAAUUCCUUCAGGCAAUCAGUUUCUAUCAAAUCUGAAGGAAGUUCCAACGCCGUUAACUCCAGCAGUGCCGGUUCUUCUGCCGGAGAGGUCAAGAGUAGGGUUAGGAUGGGAGAAAGUGGCGCCUGGGUUUCCGCCGCUAUUCCUAGUGGAAAGUUCGUGGAUUAUUUGCCUCAGGAUGAGGCUGUAGCAGCUGGGCUUGGAGCCGAUGAGGGUGCAUUGGAUCCCAUGGAAUCACAGCGUGUGGUGGAUGUUUUGAACAGGGAGUUGUGUAGGUUACUGAAGAUGAAUGCAAGAGAUUUCUGGCGAGAAGUGGCCAGCGACAGCUCCCUUCGCUCUUUUCUUGAAAGCUUUCUGAAGUUCAGGAGUAGGUGGUAUGAUUUUCCAUAUCGAGGAGCCAGGGGUAUAGUUGCUGGGGUCGUCGUUGGUGAGUUCGAGCUCUGCCGGCGUAUCUUUAUGGUCUUAUAUCGCAUAUCGUCAAAUCGGGACCCUGGAGCUAAGACUGCUGAUAGUCUUACUCAGAAAGAUCACGAAGCCCUUUUGCAGGAGAAGAAGUUGCUUGAUUUACCGAAGUUGUUAGACAUAUGUGCCAUAUAUGGUCAUGAAAAUGAAGAUCUGACAAGAAUAUUGGUCGUCAAUGCCAUAAAGUCACAGCCAUGGAUCCAUGAUGAUCUUUCAUCUGUUAUUACACACUUUCUUAGCAUUGUGCAGACUAUGUAUGAGAGGUGUAGCUCAUCGUUAGAGGUUUUAUUUUCCUCCAGUCACUUUCAAGAUCAUGGGCAUACUCAACUUCAAACAGACUAUCUAGAGGUGAUGGAUUUCUUAAAUGAUGCUGUGGUAUCUAUGGAUGCGUUUGUCAAUGCGUAUAAGCAAGCAUCCAUCUACUUCUGCUGUCCUGUUGAAAUGAGUCAUGGAAAUGAGGAGGUUCUUACUACCCUUGCAAGAUUGCAUAAUUCAUUGCUUCCCUCUUUGCGGCGGGGCUUCCACAUAAUUUUAACCUCCGGAGAGAAAAGUUUGACGGAGUCAUCUAAUGAAAUGCGCUCAAAUGUUUUUGUCAGUCUCAAAAUGUUAUCCACAAGGAUAGUAAAUUUUGGUUGGAAGCUGCUAUACUUGUGCUAUCUAAGUGAUGAGGCGUUUGUUGAAAGUUCUCCGCUUCCUGCUACCAUGAAAAUGUUCCCGACCAAUGUGGAGGAUCCUGCUAUAAGAGCAGAUAUAUUAGUGCAGUCAGUGAGGGAUAUCAGUGGAGAUUACUCACAGGCUCUAGAGGGCCAUAGCAAAGGAACGUUUCUCCAAAUCAUUGAACAAAAUUACAACAUAAUGAGCAGAAUCGAGUUACUACGGAAUACAGGGUGGAUAUCAAUGGAUGAUGAUCAAUUCAAGUUUCUGUCGGGGAUCACAAUACACCCAGUAGAAGAUAAUGUUGGAAGGGCAGCCCAUCCGGCAGCCUCUGGAAAAGACAACCGACCACAGGUUGAUGAAGAUGCUGCUAUUAUGGAGUCAAAAAUAAGUCAAAUAAAAGACCUGUUCCCUGAUUAUGGAAAAGGUUUCUUAGCUGCUUGUCUUGAAGUAUAUAACCAGAAUCCUGAAGAGGUCAUUCAGAGGAUUCUUGAGGGUACCCUUCAUGAGGAAUUGCAGUCUUUGGACAUCUCCUUGGAGAAAAUACCACCACCCAAGUCUGAUGUUGCAUCCAUGACCAGAAAUGACAAAGGUAAAGGGAAACUAGUGGAAUCUACACCAAUGCCCCCUAGAAACAUUGUGCCCGCAGCAUCGCCUUACAAAGCUGUAGGCUCUUCUAAUUCAUCUAUAGCUCCAGCUGGAAGAUUUAUCAGGAAAACAACCAGUGAAGAGCCUGCUUCCUUGACACUUGACUCUAGAGAUGCGAAGGAUUUGGCAAAAACGCUUGCACUUUCAUCACAGCUUGAGUAUGAAGAUGAGUAUGAUGACUCAUUUGAUGACCUAGGCCUAAGUAUUGGUGAUUCAGCAUUUGAGGAAACUGAGAACCUCCAAGACAAGACAAACUUCAGCCGUGGGAGAAAUUCUGAAGCUGAUAAUGGUAGCUCAGCUUCCAACGCUUCUAAAUGGGGAUCACGAAAGAUGCCACAGUUUUACGUCAAAGACGGCAAGAACUAUAGUUACAAAGUUGAGGGUGCUGUUGCGGUGGCUAAUUACAAUGAAGCUUCUAUAGUAAAUCAAGCUCAGAAGGAGUUGAUACAUGGGUUGGGACGAGGUGGUAAUCUUCCUUUGGGUGCAGUUAAACGGCUGACCGAGCCAAACGAGGAGAAAGAAGACGAACCGGAAUCAAAUGAAAUGGGUGGAAGGGGGAGAGGUCGAGGGUUCUUCAGGGGAGGAAGAGGUGGGAGAAGAAGAGACUCAAACGAGGAGAAAGACAACGAUCCCGAAUCAAAUGAAAUGGGUGGAAGGGGGGGAGGUCGAGGGUUCUUCAGGGGAGGGAGAGGUGGGAGAAGAGGGGGAGAGUCAAACGAGGAGAAAGACAAUGAGCCGGAAUCAAAUGAGAUGGAUGGAAGCGGGGGAGGUCGAGGGUUCAGAGGAGGGAGAGGUGGGAGAAGAGGAGGGGGUAGAUCAAAUCAUUACAGAAAGGAUCAAGCCAUGAAAAAACACUUUUCAGGUUUGACAGGCCAUUGAUAUGGAAGGUUACUCUA